UGCCCCGGCCGGGUGCGGCGGUGCAGCGUGUUGGCGCUCACCGAUGCCACAGAUUGUCUAAUUAGAUUAAGCAAGGCUUUCCUGAGAUAAUCAUUUAGCCAGCCCGUUUUUCCUCUAUGAAGCCGCUGUCGUCGAGUGUGAGCACGCCUGAAGGUCAAGCCAUUUUUGUGAAGAAGAAGUAGAAGAGCGUUUUGGGAGGAAGUAUGAAAGCGAGUCUGCAGCGUGGCUGGUGAGGAGCAGCUCCAGGGUUAUGGGCUGUUUGUUUCCUGUGAGAGGACGACCGCUAAUACCUGCUGUUACUGAGGCCCGGCCAUGGGGGAGGACUCUUAAUUAGCAGCAGGAUCAGACUGCAGAGCACCAACAUGACCAGCAACUCUUUCCGUGGCUCCAAACAUGGCCGCCGUGCCGAGGCCAACCAUGAGGUGGAGUUCAGCUGUUCCGUCAAGGAACUGCGCUCCCUCAUGGAGCUGCAGGGCCUGGAGGGCGUGGCCAGGAUCCAGGAGAGCUACGGAGACGUCAACGGGCUCUGCGCCAGGCUCAGGACAUCACCUGUCGACGGGCUGGACGGGAACUCUGAAGACAUCAACAGAAGAAAACAAGAGUUUGGACGGAACGUCAUACCUCCCAAAAAGCCAAAAACCUUCCUGCAGUUAGUAUGGGAGGCCCUGCAGGACGUCACGCUCAUCAUCUUGGAGGUGGCAGCCUUGAUCUCGCUCGGCCUGUCGUUUUACCACCCGCCCGAUGCAGAUAGAGAGAACUGUGGGAGGGCGGCUGCGGGGGUGGAGGAUGAGAACGAAUCAGAGGCUGGCUGGAUCGAAGGUGCAGCCAUCCUGCUGUCGGUGGUGUGCGUGGUUCUGGUGACGGCCUUCAAUGACUGGAGCAAAGAGAAGCAGUUCCGCGGGCUGCAGAGCCGCAUCGAGCAGGAGCAGAAGUUCACUGUGGUGCGCGGCGGACAGGUCACCCAGAUCGCCGUGUCCGAGAUUGUGGUGGGAGACAUCGCUCAAGUCAAAUAUGGUGACCUCCUACCUGCUGAUGGUGUGCUGAUUCAGGGGAAUGAUCUGAAGAUAGAUGAGAGUUCUCUGACAGGAGAGUCAGAUCAUGUGAAGAAGACCCUGGACAAAGACCCCAUGCUGCUCUCAGGUACUCAUGUGAUGGAGGGAUCAGGAAAGAUGGUGGUGACGGCGGUGGGCGUGAACUCCCAGACGGGCAUCAUCUUCUCUCUGCUGGGCGCCAGCGAGGGAAACGACAGCGAGGACGAGGAGGAGAAGAAGAAAAAGGAGUGUGAGAAGAAAAAGGAGUGUGAGAAGAAGAAAGAGAAGAAGAAGAAGAAGAAGAAGGAAAAGAAGGAGAAGAAAAGUAAGAAAGAUGACAAAGACAAGAAAGGAAAAGACAAAGAUGGACCUUCUGUGGAGAUGGAGCCUCUGAAUGAAGACGGGGAAUCAGAGAAGAAGAAGAGCAGCCUACCAAAGAAGGAGAAGUCGGUCCUCCAGGGGAAGCUGACCAAGCUGGCCGUGCAGAUUGGGAAAGCAGGUUUGUUCAUGUCAGGGAUCACCGUCAUCAUCCUCAUCUCCCUCUUCCUCAUCGACACCUUCUGGAUGCAGGGCUUGCCCUGGGCCAACGAGUGUUUCCCUGUCUACAUCCAGUUCUUCGUCAAGUUCUUCAUCAUCGGUGUCACCGUGCUGGUGGUCGCUGUGCCAGAGGGACUUCCUCUGGCUGUCACCAUCUCCCUGGCCUACUCUGUCAAGAAAAUGAUGAAGGACAACAACCUGGUUCGCCACCUGGAUGCCUGCGAAACCAUGGGCAACGCCACUGCCAUCUGCUCCGACAAGACAGGCACCCUGACCAUGAACCGCAUGACGGUGGUGCAGGUCUAUGUUGGAGACCGUCACUACAGGAAGGUUCCAGAGCCCGACCUCAUCCCCACCAAGAUCCUGGACCUGCUUAUCCUUGGCAUUGGAGUCAACUGCGCUUACACCACCAAGAUCAUGCCUCCGGAGAAGGAGGGCGGGCUGCCACGCCAGGUGGGCAACAAGACAGAAUGUGCCUUACUGGGUUUUGCCGUGGACCUGCGCCGUGACUACCAGGCCAUCCGCAAUGAGAUCCCCGAGGAAAAACUAUUCAAGGUGUACACCUUCAACUCUGUGAGGAAAUCCAUGAGCACGGUGCUGCGGAAUGCCGAUGGCAGCUACUGCAUGUUCAGCAAGGGGGCGUCAGAGAUCCUGCUCAAAAAGUGCUGUAGUACCCUGGCGGCCAGCGGCGAGGUCAAGAUGUUCAAGCCGCGGGACCGGGACGACCUGGUGAAGAAGGUGAUUGAGCCCAUGGCCUCAGAGGGCCUGAGGACCAUCUGCCUGGCCUACAGGGACUUCCCUAUCUCUGAAGGAGAGCCCGACUGGGACGAUGAGGCCAGCAUCCUGACCGGCCUCACCUGCAUCUGCGUGGUGGGCAUCGAGGACCCCGUUAGGCCUGAGGUGCCAGAUGCAAUCAGGAAAUGCCAGCGUGCGGGCAUCACUGUGCGCAUGGUCACCGGGGACAACAUCAACACCGCCCGUGCCAUCGCCACCAAAUGUGGCAUCCUGCAUCCUGGAGACGACUUCCUGUGUCUAGAGGGGAAGGAGUUCAACCGAAGAAUCCGCAAUGAGCUCGGCGAGAUCGAACAAGAGCGCAUCGAUAAGAUUUGGCCGAAGUUGCGUGUGCUGGCCAGAUCCUCUCCGACCGACAAGCAUACUCUAGUGAAAGGCAUCAUCGACAGCACCGUGCUGGAGCAGAGGCAAGUGGUGGCGGUCACCGGGGACGGAACUAAUGACGGCCCCGCCCUGAAGAAAGCUGACGUCGGCUUUGCCAUGGGAAUCGCCGGCACAGACGUGGCCAAGGAGGCGUCUGACAUCAUCCUGACCGACGACAACUUCAGCAGCAUUGUCAAGGCCGUCAUGUGGGGCCGCAACGUUUACGACAGCAUCUCCAAGUUUCUGCAGUUCCAGCUCACUGUCAAUGUGGUGGCCGUCAUCGUAGCCUUCACCGGAGCCUGCAUCACCCAGGACUCCCCUCUGAAGGCCGUGCAGAUGUUGUGGGUCAACCUCAUUAUGGACACCUUUGCGUCGUUGGCUCUGGCCACCGAGCCGCCGACUGAGUCUCUGCUGCUCAGGAAACCGUACGGCCGCAAGAAGCCGCUGAUCUCCCGCACGAUGAUGAAGAACAUCCUGGGCCACAGCAUCUACCAGCUGACCAUCAUCUUCACCUUGCUGUUUGCUGGUGAGAAACUAUUUGAUAUUGACAGUGGUAGGAACGCCCCUCUCCACGCCCCGCCCUCAGAGCACUACACCAUCGUCUUCAACACCUUCGUACUGAUGCAGAUUUUUAACGAGAUCAAUGCUCGCAAGAUCCAUGGUGAGAGGAACGUGUUCGACGGAAUGUUUAACAACCCCAUCUUCUGCUCCAUCGUGUUUGGAACGUUUCUGAUCCAGAUCGUCAUCGUGCAGUUUGGCGGGAAGCCGUUCAGCUGCGUGAGUCUCACCAUAGACCAGUGGAUGUGGUGCGCCUUCCUGGGCAUGGGCUCCCUGCUGUGGGGACAGCUGGUGUCCACCAUCCCCACCAGCCGGCUGAAGUUCCUGAAGACGGCGGGCCAUGGCCGGCAGCAGGACGAGAUCCCCGAGGACGAGCUGGAGGAGAUGAAGGACAAGGAUGAGAUUGACCACGCCGAGAUGGAGCUGAAGAGGGGCCAGGUGCUGUGGUGUCGAGGCCUCAACCGCAUCCAGACACAGGUACCUGCGCUAAGCUCCGCCCCCUGGGCCUGCCCUGCCCCUCUCUGCUUCCCUCUGGACUGUUUGUGUGUUUUCCUCUGUCAUGUUUGUGUUGUGGCGCUCUCUAACCGCCUGCUCCUCGGUCCUCAGAUCCGUGUGGUCAACGCCUUCCGAGAGUCCAUGUCACCGUACGAGGGCCUGGAGACGCCCGAGUCUCGCAGCUCCAUCCACAACUUCAUGAGCCACCCCGAGUUCCGCAUCGACGACUCGGAGCCGCAGAUCCCUCUGAUCGAUGAGGCUGACGGCGAAAACGAGGACGACGCCCCCACCAAACGCAACUCGGUGACCGUGCCCGUGCUGGCGGCCCUGCAGCCACUGCCGUCCUCGCCCAACCAGAACAACAACGCCUUGGACCGGAUCGUCCCCCUGCACAAGGACACCGCCAAGGCUGGUCUGAUCCCACCGUGUCCAGGAAGUCCCCUGCACAGCCUGGAGACCUCCCUCUGAACCCCCCUCCCCUCAGAGUUCACCACAUCAGUUCAGACUGUUCACACCCCCCGCCCCCCCCACACCCAGAGGACUCAAAGACGUUUCUUGACAGCGGUGCUGUCGCUGCCGCCGCCGCCGCACAUGAAGACUUUUAAUCAAACACGGCGGCCGUGUUUUUUGUUUCUAUGCGAUACAGAAGCAGACUUGUUUACAAGUUGGGAAUGUUUUUGAUUUGGAAGAGAAAAGCUGCAGACGGACAGUGUGAAGGUGGGCGUGGCCUGUUGUGCGGUUUCAGGUUCUUGUUGUGUAGACGUAGGAAGGUGUCGUAGCGCGGCCGGACGGAUCUGAAACACAAACGACUCAGUUUGAUCUUCACUGGUUUGUCACGAGCCCUGAACUCCAGGACGGGCGCUAAUGUUCGAUUUUAGUUUUGCAGUAAAUUUUCAGGUAUGAAGAUGGAGAUGUGUAGUAAAUCAACUUUAAGGAGGGAAGGACGUUGUUUUUAUCUUACAGAGUUUGUGUUUGUAGAGAAAAUGGUCUCAAUUAAAAAGUGGAAUGUUGGAAUUUAUUUUAGCAUUUUUGUAAAAAAAAAAGUUCUAGGUUGUUGGUUCAAAGAUGUAAAACAAAAAUGUAUUAAAACUGUUGAAGGAUUUCCAGA